CACUGCGGCGCUUCAGUAAUAGAAACACAGGGCUAUAGGUUAGCGCAGAGAGCUCGUUGCACUAUUCUGCAAUCUCGACAACUAUAACAACCAUUAUGGCGCACAAUAUAAUAAGUUGCUUGGAUGUUGGUAUGAAAAGUAGAAGACCCGGAUUAAAUUCUUUUUCACUCGCACCAGGAAGGAAACAGUUUCAAACUAAAACAGUAAAAGCUACAAUUGAAGAAGGUUAUUUUAGAGCUAAAGAAAGUGAAGAGUGGGAUACUUUUUCUUCAGAUGAUUCCGCAAUUGAAUCAGAUUCACAACCUUCAACUCCUACAAGUAUUUUUACAUCUGCUGGAGAAAAUAUCCCCGAUGUUGGUAUUUUUGCAGGGAAAGCUCGUGCACUUGCUAAUUGUUGUUCCAGUCCAUUUAAUAGAGGUGGUGAAGCUGCUAAAAAUAAUGAUAUUGAUAUCUUUGCUAAUCUAAAUAAGGAAAACUGGAAUGGUAUACUUCAAGGAAAAGUUGGCCAUUACAAGAAUGUAGAAGUUGGGGAGCAAAAAAACAAUCACAAGCAUCGGGGGAACAACAUUGAUUGGUCAAAACUACCGAGCAAACCUAAAACUUUGGAAGAACUACAAAAGCUGAUUAUACCGGAGGAGUAUACUAAUGUUUUGAAUGUGUAUGAUGAAUCGGACACAUUGAGACGGGAAAUUGAGAAAGUUGAUUUAAAUAGAUUGACCAAUGAGAAUCUUGAACACAACUCAGAAUUUGUAAAUGAGGAGGAAACUUUGCAAGGUGCUGAAGAUCUAUCUGAUGACGGGAAAUUUUUCGAACCAACAGCUACAUCGUCACCAAAAAAGAAAAUUACAGACUUGAUUAAUAGCCCAAUUAAAAAAAUACAGAUCCAACCAAAGAUUUAUGAUUUCCCUGAUGAGGAGAACUUUCACCUGGGACCAACAAUUACUUCAACAAAGAAGCCAAUCAAUGCAACUUUUAUUAAGGCGCCAAGUGAAACGCCAAAUGCUACUUUGUCAAAGAAUUUUGAUGGCAACAAGUUGACCAGUGAUCCAGCUGCCAAAGGGAAAACCGAAAAUUGUGACAAGUUGACUACUGAACCUGUUUCCAAAGGAAAAGAGUCACCUAAAGCAGCAUUAAAGCGGAAAAAGUUAGAAAGAUAUCGUCGAAAGAUGGCAAAAGUUCCUAUUUGUGACAUUAUCAUAAUGUGCCAAAAGUAGUUUUUCUUUUCAAUAAAAUAAGUAUCUUUGUGGAAGCGAGUAUUCAUAUAUUUACAUUUACUAUACUUUUCAUAUUUUUAUAAUUUCUUUUUGAAAUUAUAUACAUUUUUACUAUAAUAUCUUCAUAUGUGUUUUAACUAUAUUGAUACAUUUAUGGUUAUUAGAACAAAGAAAUAUUAUGUAUUGUAAAGUUUGCUGAGCAAAUACAUUUUACAUGUGAUUUAUCUUUGAAUGUCUGUUUAUAAGUUUAUUAAAAUAAAAAUAAUUUAUGCUUA